AUGUAUGACCGGACGCCGCGCUGGCUCCCCCUGGCUGUGUGUGGCGGCACCGAGGAGCGUGUGGGCCCGGGGUCCUACCAGGUCGCGUUCCCGCAGCGGCGGGCGGCCGAUGGCUAUGCACCAUUUCUUUCUUUGGCUGCCAGAGAAAGUACUUUUGCUGUUGUCUCCAAUAUUGAAAAUGAUGUCCCAGGUCCAGGACAUUAUAAUGUUUCAGAAGCACAGUGUAAUAUAAAAGGAGGUCAGAGUUUACAAAACCGAGAACAGCGUUUUAAGAAGUUUAUUUCAGAUAACCCAGGACCUGCAAGUUAUUAUUGUGGAACUCUAGAUAUCUUGAAGAAAAAAAUACUAGAAUCUAAAGUUUGUCCUCAAUCAAAAAUUUCAAGAACACCAACAGUUACCAGAAAUGUAGAUGUUCCUUCAAUUCCUUCUUGUGGACAGUCAUAUGGUUAUCAUAUUCAUGAAGAUGACAAAAUUACAAAAUGCUUUCCACCUGCAAGUGAUAACACCCUAGGACCAGCAUACUAUAAACUUCAGUUUGAUGUUUCCAUUGCCACUUUGAAAUACAAAGGUGUACAUUUUGGCAGCUCUCCAGGAAGACAAGAGUUACCUAAAACAUCAGGUCCUGGUCCUGGACAGUAUGAAGUAGUCACGAAAAAGAUAUUACGCUGUGAAAAUAUUAAUACCAAGAAAGGUCAACAGCAAAGUUAUUACUCUUAUAUCCCACGUUUUUUUGAAGUAAUAGAAUUGCAAGAGGAAAAAAAGGGAGUACCAGGGCCUGGAAAAUAUGACAUUAGAAGUCAAUUUCAGAUGACUGAAGGUAUCACACCAAAUGUAACUGGUGCAUCCCCUGCCUUUCUUUCUCAGUCUCAGAGAUUUGUGCCUGUGAAAUCAAUCACCCCAGCUCCUGGCACAUAUAAUGAACCUCGAACUGCUUUCAAGACCUCAAAGAAAACAUCAGGACUGAAAAAUACCCCCUUUGGUCAAAGUGCUGCUCGAUUCACACAGGACUCCAGGGCAGAGGAAAUGCCAGGUCCUGGGUUUUAUAAUAUCCUAAACAAUAAUAUAGUUGCCAGUAUUAGAGAUAACAGCUUGAAGCAACCAGAGAAAAGUGCAUUUGGUUCUUCUGUUUCUCGAACUUUGGUCCUGGUUCAGAAUAAAGCUUAUACUUCUCCUGGACCUUCUGAUUAUCAGCAUGUGUUUUGGAAUUCACAGGAUGGUGGAAUUCCUGGCAAAAAAAAGUUGCUACAUAAGUUGACUAAACGACGUGCUACUAACUUGGCAAGAACAGAAAGAACUAGAAAAGUACCUGCUAUGGUUUUUCCUGCCCCAGGCAGCUAUGAUGUUCAAAAGUCAUACGAAAGGUCCCAAGUUCAGCAUAAAUACAUGCCGCCUCGCAGUCCAAUGGCUGAGAGAAAGCACUGCUCCUUCCUGAGUGCAGCUCCUCGGUGCCCAGAAAAGGUGCCUGAUGGCCCAGGUCCUGCAGCAUACAAUCCUGUUUUCAAGAAAUCUUGCCCCAUACCUUUAUGUUUUAAAGCAUCAAAGCGUUUUGAAAAUUCUAAAGAGGUCACUCCUGGACCAGCAACCUAUGAGCUCAGUCCAUUUUUAAGACAUUCCGUUCUAAAGAGAACAUUUAAUGUCACUCUGUUAAAUCCUCUCAUCACAAAGACAGAAAAUAUUAUAGAACAAAAAGCCAAAUCAAGACACCCAGGAGGCAAAACCCAAGCUUCUAAACAAUGCUCCCCAGAGGUAAUAUCUAUUAAUAUAUGGGGAAGCUGACAGGCUUCUUCCACAGAAGCACUUCCCGGUUGAUGAUGUCUUCUAUCAGCUGCUCGAAGGAACAUAAUUGGUCUUCUAACCUCUAGAGAUAGAAAAAUCUGUUCUUAUAAGACAUUGAAUUCUUUUUCCCGCUUAACUUUUUCCUAUUACAAAAGUGUUAUAUGUAUUUAUGGCAGUCUUUCCAAACAUAAAACUGAUGCUUUCAUAUAACACAUAGUGCUCAAUAAAGACAUCUAAUGA